AUGGGGGCAAAGGUUCCACCCGAUAAGCAGCGCCGCAGCGGCAACAGGAGCUUCAGAGCAAAGAGUGGCGCAGUAGGCUCCUGCAGCAUGGACGGCUCAAACGCCCCCAAGGACGACCUGGAGCUCCGCAGUAACAGAGAGUGGCGUUGUCAUCCGGGGACGGCGGGGAAUCGGCCCUCCUGCAGCCUGAGCGUCAGCCGCGUGUCCUACUCGGUGAGUGACCGGGUCGGACCCUGGUGGGAUUUGCCCUCUUAUCGUAAGAAAUGGACCCGACAGAUCCUCAAAGAGGUUUCAUUCUAUGUAGAAAGUGGACAAAUCAUGGGCAUUUUGGGAAAUUCCGGCUCGGGGAAGACCACCCUCCUGGAUGCCAUCUCCGGGCGGAUUGGAAAUGCUGGGAAUCUCCUCGGUGAUGUGUAUGUGAACGGUCAUAAGUUGAAGAGGGAGCAUUUCCAGGACUGUUUCUCCUAUGUUCUGCAGAGUGAUAAUCUGCUCUGCUACUUGACUGUCCAGGAAACGCUGACCUACACUGCCCGGCUGGCACUUCAGAAACACUCCGUGGAGUCCAUCCGCAAGAAGGUGGACUCCGUGAUGGCUGAACUUAGCCUGAGCCACGUGGCGGGGACGGUGAUUGGUGGACGCAGCUUCUCUGGAAUUUCUGGUGGCGAACGACGGCGUGUCUCUAUUGCUGCUCAGCUGCUUCAGGAUCCAAAGCUCAUUUUACUGGAUGAGCCGACCACAGGCCUGGACAGCAUGACGGCCAAUCAGAUUGUAGUCCUGCUUUCGGAGUUGGCCCAAAAAGAUCGGAUUGUCAUCGUCUCCAUCCACCAGCCCAGAUCCGAGCUGUUCAGAGUCUUUAAUCAGAUCGCCAUCAUGAGCUGCGGUGAACUAGUGUUUUGUGGCCAGCCGGAGGAAAUGGUUAACUUUUUCAGUAGCUGUGGGUAUGAGUGUCCGGAGUAUUGCAACCCCUUCGAUUUGUAUGUGGACCUCACUUCAGUUGACACGAGGAGCACAGAGCGAGAGGUUGAGACCUUCGACCGAGUCAAGGCCAUCCGGUGUGCCUAUGAGGAGUCCGACAUUUAUCAGCGCAUGCUGGACAACAUUGAGGGAGCACGGCAGCAGAGGGAGCGACAUCCUGUCCCAUUCAAAAGCAAAGAAUCUCCCAGUGACCUGUGCAAAUUGUUGGUCCUGCUCAGGCGAAACACGAAGAACCUGUUAAGGAACCGGAUUGGCAUCCUGAUGCGUCUCUUCCAGAACCUGAUCUUUGGGCUCUUUAUAGCAUUCUUUCUCAUGAAACUACACGAGGACGUUUUGAAAGGUGCUAUUCAAGACCGAAUCGGUGUCAUCUACCAGACCAUGGGGGGCACACCAUACACAGGGAUGUUGAAUGCAGUGGCUCUGUUCCCAGCACUGAGGGCAAUCAGUGAUCAGGAAAGUGCCGAUGGCCUGUAUGAGAAAUGGCACAUGUUGGUGGCCUACAUCAUCCACAUUCUGCCGCUCAGUGUCAUCAGUGUGGUCUUCUUCACCACUUUCUUAUACUGGACGGUGGGCAUGUUCCCAGAUUUGAUCCGGUUCAUCUGCUAUACUGCAGUGGUUCUGGUACCCCAUGUCGUAGGAGAACUGCUAGCUCUAGUUCUGCUAGGGAUCAUUCAAAAUCCAAAUAUUGUCAACAGUGCCGUGGCCCUGUUCAACAUUGCUGGCAUUCUGGUAGGCUCUGGAUUUCUUAGAAGCUCACAGGAGAUGCCCGAGCUUCUCCAGUGGCUCAGUUACCUGACUUUUCAGAAAUAUGGUUGUGAGCUGCUGGUUGUCACAGAGUUCUAUGGGCUAAACUUUACUUGUGGAGAAAAACCCAGCAACCCAGGCACAGGUGUCCACCCCUGUAUCUUCAGCAAUGGCAUCCAGUUCAUAGAGGAUGGGUACCCAGGUGCAGUUUCGCGGUAUACUCUGGAUUUCCUCAUGCUGUACGCCUUUCUGCCUGCACUUGUUAUCUUGGGGAUCAUCAGUUUCAACAUUCGAGACUACAUUGCUCAUCGCUAACAAACAGAAGAGCAUCAAGAGUCUCCGAAUUUCAAAUGCAAGUCAAAGAAGCUGUGAAUGAUCAGUACUGAAGACUGGAAGGCACAAAUAAUGGGAAAAACAAAUCUGUCAUCAAGAACAUCUCUGCCUUGUGGACAAAGCUUCUAGCUGCCUUAGGAUGCAAACGCAAGCCUCAGCAAUGUCAGAAUCCUGCAAGACACCACGGAUGUCACUCACUGUGACUCCCAGUAACCAGCAGGCAGCUCCUCUUUCUUAUUUCAGCAAACUAAAUUUGUGUAUGAUGCAGACAUAUUAAACACAUUCAUAAUAUUAGUACAAUGUUUUGUAAUGCUGUCUUGCACCACCUAUGAGGUUUUCUUAACAAAAUGAAAUGUUUAAUUUCAAA